AACCCUGACUCGCGACGCGUCUUUCACAUCGCUACGUUGGCAUCCCUGCGCGAAGCCGACUCUUCUCGUGUACGUUUUGAUCCAGUACUCCAGUACGGUUUUUUCUCGUUCACGUGUUCGUUGUUCGCGGUAUUUAUCGGUGAAAUAAUGUACGAAAGUGUAUGUUCGCCGUGCUGGUGGUAAAAUAUUAAUUAAUAUUACACGCGUGUGUUUUAAUUAAUCUAUAAAUGCGUCCAAAAGUAACGUAAACUAAUCAAUUUUCUCUCGACGAGCGUCCAUUUGUGUUUCGAUUCGGUACCGUCGACCGUUCAUUGUGAUGGUGAUUUUUUUUUUUUGAGUGAAAAAAUGCCGGUUAAAUUAUCAUCGUUGUGAUUGUUGUGAUGUGUAUUGGUUAUAGUGGCUAGUUGGUUUUUGCUGAGUUGAAAUAUUAUGAAUACGAGCAUUGAGAAUGUGUAGAGAUUACCAUGUGGAUAACGAAACAUUAUAUAAUGUACCUAAUCGUAGGUAUUGUUGCGGAUAUUCAAAAAACUACCGUAGCUGCGGAGAAUAGAGAUGAUUAUCAUUGCGGCGGCUUAAAAGGCUGUGUCAGAUGCGACAAAGAUGGCGGAACAGUGAUCAGCUCGGAAGGCGGAAGCUUGUCUAAUGCAACGAAAAAUUCUGCCGGCUUGUCUACUUAUAGAUGUUUAAAGUGUGUCCAUUUAAUUGUGAUCAAGACUCGCCAAUGCGUCGAUACUUGCCCGUCCGGAUAUUCGGAAGAGUGGUCUACCAUGGUUGAUUACAUGGGACGUAUUUGUAAAGAAAGUAUGGUGGUUGCCGGUGUGCCAAUGUCUGGACAAAAAUUGGCCAUUUUUUUGGGAGCCAGUAUCGGUACUCUAGUCUGUUUGUUGAUGCUAGUUUCUGGUGUUAUUUAUUUGAAAUAUAGAAGAAAUAAAACGCUUACUGAUAAAGCUCGCCGUUCACCUACGCUCGGACAUUUGACUGGCACUCAUCGUAGCCAAGAUAGCGACGAUAGCGAAAGACCGGAAUUUUUAAAGCAGUUGGCAUAUCUCAGACCAGAUGCUCCGGUAUUCCUGGCCAUGUUGAACGAAACCAGACGACAAGUUCGCGAGCUACGAAGACCUAGUCGCCAGAAUUCAGCUAUGCAAGCUUACAGGCCUGUGCUGAAAGACUUAUCGCGUAUUUUAAUACUACUUAAUAGACCAGAGGAUAGAAUAGGAGUACCUCCGGCUGACUGGGAGACACUUCUGGCGUGGGGAGAACGAGUACUGCGUAGAUAUAAGAAACAGAAUCCCGAUCAAGUGGCUCAAUUAUUGGGUUUUACUCAGUUACCGGUCGAGGACUCGGAUUCGCCUAUUUUGGAUCCGUCGCCAUAUCCUACCCAUUUAACCACCUUCUCAUCCAGUACGGAUUGUAAACUGCAGUCUCCACGUGCCUCCACCAAUCAGCUACAGCAGCUGGCCAUUUCGGCUUUUGACGAAGCUUAUAAUAAUCAUUCUAGACACCGAGGGAGCGAAGACGAAGACUGUACGACGACGUUGAAACGAGAAGAGAUGACAGCAUUCGUACGUCCGUCGUCCUUGCUGGACAGCGGAGUAGACGUGAGCAGCCCUCACAACACAGCAGGAGGAAAUCGAGACUGGGAAACUGAGAAAAGCCAUUCAACAAUAUUGGCCGAAUGGAGCUCGGCAGCGCACAUGACAUCGCGACGCAGCUGUUACUAUCCGUCCGCCGACGAAGACGAUUUUUACACUCUAGGCUUCCGUCCACAAGAUGAAAUUACCACCGAAUUAUAAUACCCCAAUAUCCGGUACUCGGUACUUGCAGCAAUCGACUUAAUGGUUCAUUAUACGCUUCUGAAAUUCUCUCUCAUCGAGUCGAAUAAUUGCGAAUAAAGCGAAAAACUUUAUUCGACCGCUCAUUUUUUUUUCUCUUUGUAAACUUUGUAUCUUUAUUAUCUAUACUUAAUAGUUUCAUUUUUUUUUUUUUUGUAAUUCACUUCUUGCAUCGAACGACUCGUUCGAAUUCAUAUUUUCCGGUCGCUGUGUACUUUUGAAAGUUUGGCUAACUGAAGUGUAUUUUUAUCACUCGGUUUAAUGAAAAAGUUUUUCUCACAAACGAGCUUACAUUCACGAUAAACCAACAACAGUGUCGAGCUUUUUCCAUAAUUUUAUUUCGGCUUGUACUGUACAUCGUACUCGGUUGGAUUCUGUACAAAGCAGCGCGUAAUGAUCUCAUUUAUUACACUUUUUGACGAUUUUCUUUGUUACGUAUUUUUACCCCGUAUGCGUCUCGAUCCCCUUGAUUUUUAAAUUAUUUAUUAUUAUUAUUGUUUUUCUAUCGCGUACCCCGUCCCUGAGUAAGUAAUUGAAGCCAUUAAAAAUGAACAAAGUAUCGUUCAUUUAAACCGACCGAUUUUCUGUAAUAUUUAUAUUGUAUUUUUUUUUCAUUUUUUUUCUCGUUUCGUUUUCGUUUUUUUUUUCAUUGUAUAGUUUUAAAUGUGUCGCGUUUCUUAUAUUGUACUUUUUUUUGGUACUAGUCAUUAUUUUUAUGAUUAUAUUUAAUGUUAGAAUAAUGAUUCUAUAUUGCGAUUAAGUAAUUUUUUCUUCUUUUUUUCGUACACGUUCGUUGUAUAAACGUUUGUAUCAAACAAUUUUGCAGCUGCGUGUAAAACGUAACCGAAAAAUAAAUAAUUUUUAAAGUAAUAAAUGUUCGCAUGAAA